GCAAUGAGUCUGGACACUCCCAAGAGAAAAGCAGAGGAUCUCAGCGAUAGCACGCCCUCUGUAGGCAAAGUCAAGCUGAGGAAGCUUUCCAGGAAAAAUCUUGAAACAUUCAUAACUUCAGAGGAUACACCUUUGGACAACUCACCAAAGGAACUGGAGCCCACAGAGAGCCUGGAAAUAUCACCACCUCCAUCUCACUCUUUUAUCUUGAAAAAGAAAGAGAGGACACCUGAGGAGGGAUCCAAGGCUAUCUACAAGAUGGCUUUGAUUGCAGCUAUUGGCAGCAGGGGAUUGGGGCACACAACUACUAGCAACCCCAGCACUGACGCUAACAGCCUCCCUUUGCCACCCACAUCUUCACCAGUGAAGACUGAAGUACCCAGUCUGACAACACUUGACAGAACUGUUAAUUGCUCCUCACUCAACACCAAAAUAAAAUUAGAGGGCAGAAGCACUGACCAGGAAGUUGAUUGGUCCCCCAAACAGCUUUUUGUGGACUCAGACACCCAAGGUGACUGUAGAGACCCAAAAGCAGAUGCAAGGGACUCUGUGUUUGUAGACUCAACCCCCCAAGAUGAGCUGUCUGCACCAGAUAAUGAACCAGACGCUGAUGACUGCAACUCGUCCCUCCCUCUUCUGGAGUAUAUUCCAGACUUGUCGUCUUCUUUCACGACUCAUCAGAAUACCUCCUCCGACAGCCAGCAGUGCCAAAGCCAUUUGAUGAAUGCCCAUUCAGCUACAACUUCUUUCACCAAUGACGCCAGCGGGCCGAUCCAGUCAGCUCCUGACCAAAUGGAGAUGGCUUCCCCGCCGUCAGGGAGAACAGUUUUUGUCUCGUGCAAGCAGUCUCAUCCACCAAAUACAGGCCUUUCAAAGGCUUCCAGAGUUGACCCUGAGAAUUCACACAUGUCCAACAUUACGACCUAUUUAUCGGAUCCUUUUGCUCUACCGCUACACUCAAACAAAGAAGUAUUGAACUCCACAACCACACGCAGGCAGUCAUAUGCUGGUUCUUACAUGUGUGACCCUGCCUACUCAUUUACUCCCUAUGGUGGCUCUUCUAAGAGAAGAUUUUCCAUGGGGGCAGAACCUACUUGGACAAGUUGCCCCUAUAACCAGGCUGGUUUCAUAGACACACAUUGCCAUCUAGACAUGCUCUAUGGGAAGCUGGGUUUCCGAGGGACAUUCAGCAGUUUUCGAAGGCUGUACCAAAGCAGCUUUUCCUCUGAGUUUCGAGGCUGCAUUGCCGAUUUCUGCAACCCGCGGAUCAUGGUGAGGGAAGCAUUGUGGGAAGGUUUGCUGGCUGAAGACAUGGUUUGGGGGGCAUUCGGGUGCCAUCCCCACUUUGCCAAGGAAUACUCAAGUGUUCAUGAACGCAGCAUACUGAUGGCCAUGCGACACCCAAAAGCUGUUGCGUUUGGUGAAAUAGGACUGGACUACUCCCACAAAAACUCCACUGACUCCUACAAGCAAAAAGAGGUGUUGGAGCGUCAGCUGCGAUUGGCUGUGGCCAUGCAGAAGCCUCUGGUGAUCCACUGCAGAGAUGCAGAUGAUGACCUGCUGGUUAUCCUGAAGAAGUGUGUCCCGAGGGACUACAAAAUUCACAGGCACUGUUUCACGAACAGUUAUCCAGUGAUUGAGCCAUUCCUGACAGAGUUCCCCAACAUGUAUGUCGGGUUCACAGCCCUGAUCACCUACACCAGAGCCACUGAGGUCCGAGAUGCUGUCCGCAAGAUCCCUCUUAACCGCAUUGUGUUGGAGACAGACGCACCAUAUUUCUUGCCAAGACAGGUGAAUAAAGACGUCUGUCGGUUUUCACAUCCUGGAAUGGGCAUCCAUACUCUGCAGGAGCUGAGCCUACUGAAGGGAGAGGACAUGGCCACAGUCCUCACCACCAUCAGAAACAACACCACUCAGCUUUACGGCAUAUAAACAUGAGAGGUAAUGGAUGAGAGAUUAGCUGUGAAAAAAAGAGGACAUGCUGGUUUGUGACUAACAUUUUAUGUGGCUUUUUGUUUUAUUGAUCCUCCAUGUGUACAGAUGUAGGACUAUGGGGGAAUACAUUUAAGGAGCAUGAAGUCUGCAGUCUCAUUUUAAACAGUAUGAAAGAUUUACACAUUUGUGCUAAGCUAA